AAGCGCAUACGCAUCUGAGCUCUGAUGGACACGAAGUGGAACGGCAAGGCCCAAAUGGUGGGCCAUUUAUAGCAACUCGUUUGAAAUAAAAUUGCAUUUCAUCUUGUUUUCGCUGACACGAAUCGCAAGACCUUCGGCUGGACUCUGAACCUGAGCAAACAAUUCGCUUUCUGGCGUAUUAAUCUUUGAGCUGUUGUUGUUGUUGCUGCUGGAACUUUGAAACCUUUUCGCGCCUAACGACAAUUGAUUGUCGGCUGAUUUACAAAUGAGGGUUCGCAGAUGUUUAGUUAAGCGGCGGGUUCAAGUUCAAUGUAAAUCAAACGAGUUUGCCAAUUGCUCGCUGGUUUGUUCGGUUUGAAGGACAAUCUGGCUGGCAAUGUUUUUUGGCCAUAUAAAGCCGUAGACUUGGUUUCAAAUCAGCAUCAGUCACUCGUCGACUUUACAGCACCAAACCAACCAACUCAACAUGUUCCGCUUCAUUGCCAUCUGUGCCCUGGCCACCAUUGCCGCCGCUGCCCCGGGAUUCGUUGAGGAACACCACGUGGCCGUGGCUCCAGUUGUGACCAAAGUGGGCGCCGUGGUGCACAGUGCUCCGGUGGCCACUUCCCACCAGAGCUUCACCCAGUUCCACAACCAGGCGGUGCUCACUCCCGUGGUGAAGCAUGUGGUGCCCGCUGUGCCCGUGAUCAAGACUGUGCCGGUGGUCAAGCAUGUGGCUCCCGUCUAUCCCGUGGUCCCGGUGGUCAAGCAUGUGGCUCCCGUUGUUCCCGUUGUAAAGCAUGUGGCUCCAGUGGUCCCGCUCGUCAAGACCGUGCCCGUGGUGCACCAGCAGACUUACGUGGCUGCCCCCGCCCCAGUUGUCCACAAUGUGGCCGCCGUGCCCGUGGUGAAGGCCCUGCCCCAUGCCGUCUCCCACCAGAGCCACACCCAGGUGCACCACCAGAAGACCUUCGUCACCCCGGUGGUUGCCUCCGUGCCCGUGGUCAAGACCGUCGCCGUGGCCGCUGCCCCACUUGCCCAUGUCUACCACCACUAGGAAACUGUUUGAUCGGACGCACGGAUUGUUAUAAUUGCUUCUUUGAAUAAAUUGAUAUUGUUGAUAUUAUAAA